GAUGCUGGAUAUUUCAUGCCCAACCAACAAUUCUUCAGGAACAUUGGAUCAAUUCUAAUGUACGCCAUCAUUGGAACAGUUUGGAAUACUGUAACAACUGGUCUCUCCCUCUACGGUGUCUUCCAGACUGGUAUUAUGGGAAAUCUUGAUGCUGGCCUCCUGGAAUUCCUCCUGUUCGGAAGUGUGAUUGCUGCAGUUGACACAGUCGCUGUGUUGACUGUGUUUGAAGAGAUUCACGUGAAUGAAGCAUUGUUUAUCGUUGUCUUUGGAGAAUCUCUGCUUAAUGAUGGAGUCACUGUGGUGCUGUACAAUGUCUUUAACUCAUUUGUUGCAGUUGGAGCAGGGAAUAUUCAAGGCCUGGACUACUUCAAAGGCAUAGUUUCUUUCUUUGUUGUAAGUUUGGGUGGAAUUGCCAUUGGUAUCAUCUUUGGAUUCCUAUUGUCCCUGGUAACCAGAUUUACCAAGCACGUGAGGGUGAUCGAACCUGGAUUUGUCUUUGUCAUUUCUUACUUGUCCUACCUCACUUCAGAUAUGCUUUCCCUUUCUGCUAUAUUAGCUAUCGCAUUCUGUGGUAUCUGCUGUCAGAAAUAUGUGCAGGCCAACUUCUGCGAGCAGUCUAUUAUCACCGUCAGGUACACAAUGAAAAUGCUGGCAAGUGGAGCGGAAACCAUUAUCUUCAUGUUUUUGGGAGUAUCUGCAGUGGAUACGACGAUAUGGACAUGGAAUACGCCUUUUAUCCUUUUCACAUUGGUUUUCAUCUCUGUCUACAGAGUCAUUGGUGUUGUAGCUCAGACCUGGAUUCUCAAUCACUACCGUGUGGUGCAGUUGGAGAUGAUAGAUCAGGUGGUAAUGUCAUAUGGAGGCCUGCGUGGGUCGAUGGCCUUUGCUCUGGUGGUGUUGUUGGAUCUGAAGCAUGUCCAUGAGAAGCGGCUAUUUGUCAGUACAACCAUCAUUGUGGUGUACUUCACAAUCAUCUUUCAGGGUCUGACAAUCAAACCUUUGGUUAAAUGGUUGAAGGUAAAGAGGACUCAGCAGAAGGAGCCUUCACUCAAUGAGAAACUUCAUGAAAGGGCAUUUGAUCACAUUAUGUCUGCAAUAGAAGAUAUUUCAGGCCAAAUUGGAUACAAUUAUCUUCGAGAUAAGUGGAGUCAGUUUGACAGAAAGUAUCUGAGCAAAAUAAUGAUGAGGAAAUCGGCGCUGAUUAGCCAGGAUAAUCUCCUUAGCAUUUUCCGAGAGCUGAAUCUGAAGGAUGCCAUCAGUUACUUGUCUGAGGGAGAACGGCAAGGAUCUUUGACGUUUAUGCGUUCCAGCAACGACGUUAACAUCGAUUUCACUGGCCCUCGUUACUCUGUUAUCGACUCGUCCAUCUCUGCAGUGCUGCGAGAGAGUGCCAGUGAUGUAUGUCUGGACAUGAAGGCACUUGAAAAUAGAGUAAAGAGCCUGAAGGAUCAAGAGGAAAUAGUCACCCAUCACACAUUGCAACAACUUCUGUACAAACCCAGGAAGCGGUACAAGCUCAAUUACAGCCGCCAUAAGCUGGUACAUAAUGAGGGCGCGAAACAAGAUAAAGAGAUUUUUCAGCAAACCAUGAAAAAGAGACUGGAAAAUUUGAAACCCAGCAAGCUCGGAGCCAACCACAACACCACAUUUAAAAACACCAAGAAAGAGAAAGGAGCUAAAAAGAAACACAGUGACGCAGUGCCGAAUAGAAACCUCCCGACGCACUCCCUUGCUUUCCACGCUGAUAAAGACUCUGAUGUAGUGGACCACUAUGAUCCAUCAGAUGGAGGAAUUAGUUUCCUAAUUACCCCUGCAAACAAUGAAUCAGAUGAAACAAGAACAGGAAUCGAUAACCUGAGUUUUUUCACUAAGGAGGAUCAGCUGGAUUUUCGAAGGAUUCCACUAUGGAUGCCUAAUGAAGACACUGUAGUUCUAUCCCAAAGGACACGUUCACAGAUUCCAGGGAGUCCUAACAACUUCAGGCGACCCACAUUUUUGCAGCACUGUAGCAGAUCCUUUGAUUCACUUUUGCCAGCAGACACUUCUGAGGAGCAUCCAUUGUCUGAAACAUCAGUGUAA